CGCUGGAGUCAGUCAGGACUCGGCGGGGAGGGACUUUCUGGACACUGCGCAACAAGUGCUAGGGCGCAAGAAGUGGCUGAUAAGAGUGAAUGACACGGCAUGCGGUAGCUCAAACAGGAGACGGGUCUUUAAGUGGAUGAUUAGGUACGGUUUACUACCUCAACUACGCUAUAUUUUAUGUAGCCUACUGCUGCUUGGAAAGGAUGUGUCGCAGUAAAGUUUAUCCGGACUUUGAAAGCGCGCCGUUGGAAGUUCCCCCGCAUGUCACAGCGCAGAAAACAGUUUGGAGGACUUCUUAUGACACAGAAUGGCAAAGAUGCAGCGUUUCACACCCCUGGUGAUUUACUUUCCUCUAGGGUUUAAUCGCAAAAGUAGCGCUGGAAGUUUACAGCUGUUGAGGAAGCAGCAGGUGAGCAGCGGAGCGUGAGAUUUGGACUGCAGCCCGAUCAAACGCUGUGCUUUAAUGUGACGGAAGGCAAAGUGAAAUGGUCCCGACUUGUUACAGAAGCUGGAAGGAUAUAACUUGAAAGGAGCGUGUUUUUAGUAAGAAAAAAAAAAAACUCAGUCCACCAUGAGAGCGCUGACUUUACUGUGCGUAAUUCUCGGGCUGUGGGAGUCGAGCCUGAGCAACAGAAACUGUCCGGACCUGAUCGUUGACAGCUGUCACUGCUCGGCGGAGAGGUCCAAGGACCUGAGCAGGCAGCAUGUCCGAGUCAAAGUUGUGUGCGAUGAUGUGGACCUGAUGGACACCCUGCAGCCCCGCUUCCUACCCAACAGAACCGUGUCCCUAAACCUGAGUAACAACAAGAUCUCCCUGCUAAGGAAUGGCUCCUUCUAUGGCUUGGCUGCCCUAGAAAAACUGGACCUGAAGAAUAAUUUGAUAAGCACAGUGGAGCAUGGGGCCUUCCGUGGUCUGCUGGCUCUGAGGAGACUGGACCUGUCCAAAAACAGGAUUGGCUGUCUCUCGCCUGAAAUAUUUCUCGAUCUGGGCAACCUCUCAAAAUUGAAUUUAUCUGGGAAUAUCUUCUCCACUCUGACCGUGGGACUCUUUACACACCUCGUGGCUCUCAGAGUGCUACACUUCAGCACUGAGACUUUGUUCUGUGACUGUCAGCUGAAGUGGCUGCUCCUCUGGGCUCGAAGUAACUCGGUGAGGAUUGGCAAUGACACGGUGUGUGUGUUCCCCACCCACCUCCACGGACUAGAGUUUCGCAACCAACGUGAACAACAGCUCAGAUGUGAUGGACCUCUGGAGAUGCCCCUCUUCCAGCUCAUCCCCUCCCAGAGACAACUGGUUUUUCGCGGAGACCGUCUACCCCUGCAGUGCACCGCCUCCUACCUGGACCCUUCGGUGGAGCUGCGGUGGCGUCACAAUGGCCACAGCGUCACCACGCAGGAGGACCGGGGCGUCUACGUGGAGGAAACCCUGCUUCACGACUGCUGCCUGCUCACCAGCGAGGUCAUCCUCUCCAACAUCGACGUGGGCACUGCUGGCAUCUGGGAGUGCCUGGUGACCAGUUCCCGUGGCAACACUUCUCAGCAAAUGGAGAUAGUUGUUCUGGAGACGUCGGCACCGUACUGCCCCGCUGACAGAGUCACCAACAACAAGGGGGACUUCAGGUGGCCAAAGACUUUAGCUGGCAUCCUCUCCUUCCUGCCCUGCGCUCCUGCCACCUUUGGCUCUGCCCCCCACCCCUUUGGCAGCGCUCCUCACCCCUCCAGCCAGAAGGAGAAGAAGGCGUGGCGGAGCUGCGACCGGGCUGGACGCUGGGCUGAAGAGGACUACACUCAGUGCCCGUAUGCCAGUGAACUGACCCGUGUGCUGCAUGAGCUCACACAGAUAACUAUUAAUACCACCAAUGCUCAGCCUUUAGGCCAGCAGUUAGUGGCCUUCACCAGCAGGGCGGCACACUUCACCGAUGUCAUGGAUGUCAUCUUUGUCACACACCUGGUGGAGAGACUGACAAGGCUGGUGGAGAAACGUAGAGAUCUAGGGGACUACAUAUCAGACAUAGCCAGCAACAUGAUGCUAGUGGAGGAGCAUAUCCUGUGGAUGGCGCAGAAUGAGGCCAGAGCGUGCACUCGCAUCGUCCAGUGUGUGGAGCGCAUUGCUGACCUGGCACUGACCGGAGACAAUCAGGUCAUUUCCAAGGUAUCUGCUAACAUAGCUCUGGAGGCCUUUCUGAUCCACCCAGCUAACUUCCUCGGUCUGUCCUGUACGGCACUUCAACGGCCCCCCUCAUCAUCCGCCACCUCGGCCCUCCCUAACAGCCCCUCCCACACUGACAAGGACACGGGCAGAGAGCGUAAUGCCGUGGGGGAAUCGUUGCUCAACUUCAAAUGCCACACUGUCAACAACAGCAGCUCACCGGCCAGUCAGCUCAGCAAGAACUCAGUGGCAGUCGCCUCAAUCCAUUUACCGCUGGCUGGUACGCCUAUCUCCUCCUCUGCUGCGUUGCAAUCUGUUGAUAACUCCACUUGCAAGCUGCAGUUUAUUGUGUUUCGCAAUGGGAAACUCUUCCCUUGUACGGGGAAUUCGUCCAACCUCGCAGACGAUGGGAAGCGUAGGAGCGUUUCAACACCAGUUGCUUUCACCAAAUUAGAUGGGUGCAGCCUCGGGAGCGCCGUGCACUCCGUUACUAUUGCUCUCAGGCACUUCGCACUGGGUGUAGACCCCACCGCAGCCUAUUGGGAUUUUGACCUGCUGGAUGGACACGGUGGCUGGAGGGCAGAGGGCUGCCACAUAACAGGCUCCGGGGGCAACACGACCACCAUUCAUUGCACCCAUCAUAAUAACUUUGCUGUGCUAAUGGAUCUGAAGAAGGUGCUGUCUUUCCCCCCAUACCCUGGGGAGUAUUUGCACCCGGUCGUGUAUGCCUGCACGGCGGUCAUGUUGCUCUGCCUCUUCGCCUCCAUCAUCACGUACAUAGUGCACCACAGCGCAAUCCGCAUCAGUCGGAAGGGAUGGCAUAUGCUUCUCAACUUCUGUUUCCACACGGCUCUGACCUUUGCUGUGUUUGCCGGCGGCAUCAAUCGAAUCAAAUACCCCAUCAUCUGUCAAGCAGUCGGGGUCGUGCUGCACUACUCCUCUCUGUCGACCAUGCUGUGGCUCGGGGUGACGGCCAGGAACAUUUACAAACAGGUGACGAAGAAGCCUCCGCAGAGCCAAGAUGGUGACCCGCCUCCCCCCCCUAAACAGCCCCCCCUGUUGAGAUUUUAUUUAGUCAGCGGUGGAGUGCCCCUCAUCAUCUGUGGGGUCACAGCAGCCGUCAAUAUAGACAACUAUGGCAGCGGGGAGCAAGCGCCGUACUGCUGGAUGGCGUGGGAGCCCAGCCUGGGAGCCUUCUUUGGCCCCGUGGCCCUCAUCGUCCUGGUGACGUGCAUCUACUUCCUCUGCACCUUCAUCCAGCUGCGGCGACGCCCCGAUAAGAAGUACGAGCUCAAGCAGCUGACGGAGGAGCAGCAGAGGCUGGCUGCCGUCGACGCGCCGACCCACUGCCACCAGGGAGCCGAGCCCGGAGCCCUGGCUGCCCCGCCCGGUGGGGGCCACUGCCCCGCUGGCUGCCCAGGGGUUCCCAUCAACCCCGCGCUGCUGGCCAACGAGCACUCCUUCAAGGCUCAGUUACGAACGGCGGCCUUCACCCUUUUCCUGUUCCUGGCCACCUGGACCUUCGGGGCGCUGGCCGUGUCGCAGGGCCACUUCCUGGACAUGAUCUUCAGCUGCCUGUACGGUGCCUUCUCAGUCACCCUCGGCCUCUUCAUCCUCAUCCAUCACUGUGCCAAGCGCGAUGACGUCUGGCAUUGCUGGUGUUCCUGUUGUCCCGGACGACAGGCCAACGCCUGUUCUGGCGCCCACGUGCCUGCUCAGGCGCGGCCCAAAGUCAACGUGAAUGGAGACACCCCCGGGCAUGGCCACAGUCACGGCCAGUGCCACCAUGACUCGCCAUGUCAGGGUAAAGCACUGACGAGCUGCGGCCACGGCAGUUUAGGUCGCUGUAAACACGCCGCCCUCCCGUCCUCGCAUAAUCACGUGACAUGUCUGGCGCCGGUGAUGCCGUGCUGCGCCGCGCUACAUAGCCAGCAGCUGAUGGAAGAGGAGCCCGCGGCUACACACGUGCUGCUACACGCCGACCCGGAGGGUUACCGGCCGGGGAUCCAGUUGCACCCCUGCCUAAAGAGCAGCACCAGGACUAAAGGCCGUCACUUCAGCCGCCGGGCCGGCGCCGCUGCUUGCGGAGCGGGGAGUGAGAGGGAGUACGCCUAUCACAUCCCCUCCAGCGUGGACGGAGGCAGCGUGCACAGCUCACACACUGACAGCCCCCACAGCACACACGAGCGUCACGCCCACGUCUGUCCACAUCUGGCCCACGAAGGCCACCAGGAUGGGCAUCACACAUGCCAUGCCGCGGCAGCUACGGCGCACGCGGCCCUGGCGUGCCACAAUCCCUGCCACAGGCAUAUCUGCUGUGCCAAGGCAGACCUUUUCCCUUCUCUGUGCCCGGCAGAGGCAGGCGACACAGGCGUUUUCCUGUGCGGCUGCGGCAAAGUUGCCGAGCAGGACCCGAUGGCAACACAUCACCAUCUGGAGAUGCACGCCCCGCGCAGACAAUCCUACCCUCAGAACCCGCCCAAUCAGAAUGGGAUUCUAAAGGGGGGGCUGCACGAAGGACUCCUAUACACCUCAGACAGCACAGGGAAUAUACGCACUGGACCCUGGAAGAAUGAAACUACUGUGUAGUGUGGGGGCACCCCUGUCUCGUCCCACCAAAAAUAAACCCUCGCCUCCCUUUCUAGAAUAAAAAACAAAAUGAAUUGAACAACAUUUUGAGCAUCACAAUCAGCGUGGGAUAUUUUUAUUUCAAUGUCCUCAUGUUUUUAUGUGUGCUGUUUUACUGUACAGAAAUCAAAAUGCUCCCUGAUGAGCGUCCAUACACAGAACAGAAUCUCCUCCAUCAAGAAGAAUUUAUGAAACGUGUGUCACAUCAUACCAUCAGAUGUAAUUGAAGGUAUUUCCACUGUUCCAUAUUACUACAUCCCUCUCUCUCUCUCUCUCUCUCUCUCUCUCUUUCUCUCU